CUGGUUCUCUCGACUGUCUCUCCGGUUCGCGGGUUCCUCUUGGAACGUGGUGGUUGUUGUUCCUCGCGUCCGACAAAAACGGACGAGGCACACAGUAAAGUUGUUUGGGUUCGAUUGAUAAGCAAGACGUGGACGAAGUGAGUGCAAAUCUUGACAGUGGGAAGAAAAAGAUCGACGAAAUCCGUUCCUUUCUUCGCAAAGUGAAAUGAAAGUGGCAAAAAGAAAGUGGAGAAACGAAGAAUAAUAGUUGCCAGAUCUUCAAGACUUGAGUCAAAAACCAACUCUGACUUGAAAGUGGAACGAACUAACGCCGAACCGACAAGCAAGUGUUGUUUACCUGGAUCUGAAGAGGCAUUGAAGCAUUCUCAUAUUCAUUCCUCUUACCCUCCAAUGGGUCCCUUCCAUCUGGCGGUUCUCUGACAAAUCGAGAAUAUUCAACAGGCAUCAAAGGCAAACUUCAUUCCACAAACCGAAGCGAUUCAGAUCGGUGUCUGAGCUUGAGCACACUUGAAGUUGUAAGGUGAUCAAGGUCCUCGGUCAAAUUCCCUUGGUGGUUGGUGUGCUGGGUGGUCGGUCAACUCUUCGUCAUCCUUUUCACCUCUUGCUCUGCUAGCAUUGUCGACAUUGCCAGGAUUGCCAAGCAACCUCCAGAAUAGAUGAUUGAGUGGAAAUAAACGAGUGUCCUCGUUUGGUCUUCGCGAGACGCCAAGGCGAAAGAAAACGAAGGAAAUAAACACUGCGACCGAAUAAUAAACUCUCCAGGAAGUGUCUCCGGUCUUUGAGGUUCCUUUUUCUGUCGGAUUGGCCCAGGGUGAGCUGUUUUACUACAGAACUGUGAAAAGUUUUCUCGCCAUUUCUUGGAGCUCGCUUGGUGUUCCUGCGCCAAAAGAAAAAGAAAUUGGAACGCUUGUUCCUGGACAACAAACACAAGAGUUUAACUGCAGGAUAAUAAGUGUUUCUUGCAGUGGUGUUCCAGCCUUACACUGUCUCUCUUUUUCGCGCUCUCUCUCUCUCUCUCUCACUCACUCACUCACUCCCAAAACUCCCAUUUCGUGGAAGUGAAGGAAAACAAUGGCAAAUAACCCGAAGUUUUGUGCAAUGAUGUCUCGGACCACUUCGAUCGUCCUCGAGCUCUUUCCCUUGGGGAGACUCGGGUUCACAAUACUUCUUGUGCUCUCCCUUCGGACGGAUUCGACUACAUCAGGUUCAUCCAUCCAAUAUUUGGACAACACGCCCACAGACCGACCCGAGCCCACACCGAGUUUCUUGUACUCGGAGGCGGAUUUAACCAUCCAAGAAGGUCAUCACGCCUUCUUCAACUGCAAGAUCCAGCAUCUUCGAAACAAAACGGUUUCGUGGAUCCGCAAGUCGGAUGGACACAUUCUUUUCAUUGGGGAUAUCAAGUUUGUGGACGAUAAACGCUUUGAUUUGUUGCCCUCGUCCGGAUAUGGUGAUUGGACCCUGCGGAUCCAGUUUGUCGCAGCGGAAGAUGAUGGCAACUACGAGUGCCAGAUCUCGACCAGUCCCAAAUUGAGCAAGAUCUUCCAUUUAAGUGUGGUUGUUCCCUCAGUCAAAAUCCAAGGCGACAAAGAGAUCUACAUCGAGUCCGGAAGCUCGGUCGCCCUCCGAUGUGUCAUCUCGAAUUGGCUCAUCAAGCCGAAGGUAGUGUUCUGGUAUCGGGACGGGGUCCGGCUCCUCGACGGCUUCAACGGGGUCACCACCAACGACGAGGAUAUGGUUAUCGGGGGCAGUGCCACAAUCGUUUCGCACCUCAGUUUAGCUCAGGCUGAUCCACGUCUGCACUCGGGGAAAUACCAAUGUGCGCCCGAAGGGAUCAAGCCAACGGAAAUCAAGCUCUAUGUGAUCAAAGAUCAAAACAUUGCCGCAAUGCAGAGGGAGGUCAACACAUCACCGAGCCAAACGCGAUUAUCGGCACUUAUUCUGUCGGUUCAUUCCUUGGUUCUUCUGGUUUGGACGGUAAUGAGCUCCACUUGGGACUGAAAAUCUGCCCGACCUUGAGAGGACCCACGCUUUUGUGUGAGGGAUUCCUGGGAUGGGACGGAACUGGGACGAGUGGCUAGACAGUCGCGCUAGAAUUGAUUCUGGCUACUGCAACACGCUCAUUACCCUGAUGACUCUUUGACAAGGAUGAUCUCCCAUUUUGAUGAAUACAUACAAACACUCAUCAGAACUAUCAUACUCAUUAUCGUCAUAAUGGUGACAACGACGUGUCAUUGUUCUAUUACUUGUCUAAGGCACCAUCAGCUGCAGCGAAACUGCAAGUACGUUCACACCCGUGUUUUGUACCACAACUCCAUAAUGCUAUCAUUACCACC